AUGGCCAGGACAGGGCUCAGGAAGGAGGCACAGCUCUCAACUCUGCCCUCCCGCCUUCUCCGCUCCCACUGCCCUGGCAGGAGCCCCCACCGGGUCAUGCCAUCACCCGUCAAAAGCCAGAAAGCAGGAAGACUGGUGCAGCCUUACAGGCCGGCCUUGGACCCCCGCUUUCCUCGGAAGGCCCUUCAUGGCCCAGCAGACGUUCCAAACUCAAGCCAAACAUCCCGGAAAUCGUGUCGCUCUAGCAACGGCUCUGCAAACGUGGUCAUCUCCACAGCUGUCGAAGCCUUUCCGUGGCAGGGCUCGGGCCACGGGGGGCCCCUCCCCCAGCCAGGGAUGGGCUUGGGCUCUGAGAGCGUAGCCUGCCCCAGGUCUGCCCACGUGGCCUGCCCGGAGCUGAGGGCACUGCCACCACCCUGUGCCUUCUGUGCCCACCUGUGCUCUCUCCUCCCUCCAUCCCGGGAUACCUACCUCGUACAUGGCCGCGUCACCCUCUUACACGCCCUCCCCUGCUCUCGGCCUUCUGAGGCCGUGCCAGCUUCUCUGCCUGGCCUGGAGGACAAUUACUUUGCCAACAAGCUGCAUCAGAGAGAGAAGAGGGCCCUGACUUUGGGCAGUAAGACAGGAUCUCAGACAACCACAGGCCCGGGAGCUGCAGUGUCCUUGGCCAAGGAGGAGGACAAAGACCAGCAUCCCACCCUGAGCAAAGGCUGGUGCUCCACGUGGGGCGGCGGCCACUUCUCCACCUUCGACAAGAGCCUCUACGACUUCUACGGGACCUGCAACUACGUCUUCGCCGCCGCCUGCGACCCGGCCGCCUCCCCCGACUUCAACAUCCAGCUGCGCAGGGGCCGCGACAGGAGCAUCUCCAGGAUCAUCAUCCAAGUGGGGCCCUCCGUGGUCACCGUGCAGAACCGGGCCAUCUCCGUCAAGGACGCUGGCCUGGUCAGCCUGCCCUACACCAGCAAUGGCAUUCAGAUCAUGCCCUUUGGGCACAACGUGCGCCUGGUAGCCAAGCUCUUAGAAAUGGAGCUGGUGGUCAUGUGGAACGAUGAGGACUAUCUGCUGGUCAUGGUGGAGACCAAGUACAUGGCUAAGACCUGCGGCUUGUGCGGGAACUUUGACAGCGAAGACAAGAAUGACUUUCGGAGUGAAGGUAGCAAGCUGCUGGAACCGUAUGAAUACGCCAUCCUGCAGAAGCUGGACGACCCCAACGAGAUCUGUGCCUACGAGGAGCUGCCCGUCGCCAACAGAAUGCCCAGGAACUAUACGCAGCUCUGUCUCCAGCUGCUCAAUCAGGUGGGCCCCAACUGCAACGUGUCCAAGGAUGCCUUCGCCACCCGCUGCCAGCUGGACCUGGAGGGCUGCUCGGAGGCGGCCAGGCCCAACUGUAGCUGCCACACGCUGUCCGAGUACUCUCGCCAGUGUGCCAUGAGCGGCCAGCCGGUGAGAGACUGGAGGAGGCCCGGCUUCUGCUCGCUGGGGAAGUGUCCGGCCAACCAGGUGUACAAGGAGUGCGGGGCGCCCUGCGUGAAGACGUGCUCCAACCCCGCGCACAGCUGCUCCAGCUUCUGUACUUUUGGCUGCUUCUGCCCUGAAGGCACAGUCCUCGACGACAUCUCCAAGAACCACAGCUGCGUCCCCGUCUCGCAGUGCCCGUGCGUGCUUAACGGAGUCACCUACGCCCCUGGGCAGGCCGUGAAGGCCGCGUGCAGGACCUGCCGGUGCGCCUCGGGCCAGUGGGUCUGCGCGGAGCUGCCGUGCCCCGGCCGCUGCUCCCUGGAAGGCGGCUCCUUCAUCACCACCUUCGACUCCCGGCCGUACCGCUUCCACGGGACCUGCACCUACAUCCUGGUCAAGAGCCCCUGCCUGCCCGACAACGGCACCCUCAUGGCCGUCUAUGACAAAUCGGGCUACUCCCACUCGGAAACUUCACUCAGAGCCAUCAUCUACUCCUCUACCAAGGACCAGAUCGUGAUUUCUCAAGACGAGCUUCUCACAGACGACGGGGACGCCAAGUGGCUGCCGUACCAGACAGGGAACAUCACCAUCUUCAGGCAGACCUCCACCCACGUCCAGAUGUCCACCACCUUCGGGCUGGAGCUGACGGUCGAGCUGAGGCCCGUGUUCCAGGCUUACGUGAAGGUGGGACUCCAGUUUAAAGGCCACACCCGAGGACUGUGCGGCAACUACAAUGGAGACACCACGGAUGACUUCCUGACUAGCAUGAACAUCAUAGAGGGCACAGCCUCCCUCUUUGUGGACUCCUGGAGGUCAGGAAACUGCCCCAGCGCCCUGGAGCGGGAAACAGACCCGUGCUCCAUGAGCCAGCUCAACAAGAUGUGUGCAGAGACCCACUGCUCCGUGCUGGUGAAGAAAGGGGCCGUAUUUGAGGCUUGUCAUGCGCUGGUCAACCCAACCCCCUUUUACAAGAGGUGCGUCUACCAGGCCUGCAACUAUGAGGAGACCUUCCCCUACAUCUGCUCGGCCCUGGGUUCCUACGCCCGCAUGUGCGCCUCCAUGGGGAUCAUCCUGGCCAACUGGAGAAGCGCCGUGGAGAAUUGCACCAUCUCCUGCACUGGCAACCAGACCUUCAGUUACAAGAGCCAGGCCUGCGAUCGGACCUGCCUGUCCCUUGCCGAUCCGACCCUGGAAUGCCACCCUAGUGACAUCCCCGUAGAUGGCUGCAACUGCCCAGAAGGCACCUACCUGGAUCACCGCAAUGAAUGCGUCCGCCAGUCCCGGUGCCCCUGUUACCUGGAAGACCAGAAGUUCAUUCUGGCUGAGCAGUCCACCGUCAUCCAGGGAGUGCCCUGGCCGCCCUGCUCUCGGCCCUCCUCCACGUGCCGCCCCAACACCGUCCCGUCGGUCAGCCGACAGGAGUCCGGUCGGCUCUCGCCCCCUGUGUGGGGGCCCCCCGCUGGGGGCCCAGCGGCCCAGCCCCUGGUCUCUGCGGCUGCCCAGAAAUGGGGCUCGGGCCCCGGAGCAGACCAGAGACGAGAACGGAUAGGGGUGGUACAGGGAGGGGCGGCACCUGGCUGCUAUAACUGCACGGUGGACCAGUACUUUGAUCACGAGGAUGGGCGAUGUGUGCCCUGCUGGCCGCACCCCACCACCACCCGCCAGAGCACCGGGGGAGCAGAGACCACCACAGUGUUCACUCCCCGGCCUCUGCCCAGCUCCCCCUCCAGCCCAACGUCGGGAAGGAGCACCGCAGCGGUCCCCAGCAGCACUCAGCCCAGGAUCACAGGUGCCCGCCCUGCCCAUCCCGCCCGCAAGGCUCCCCCUCGAAGCGAAGCUCAGCAGCGCUGCUGGCACCACGCAGGGGAAGCCCCUGGCAUGAGGGUCCUCCAGCCUCUUGUCGGGGGGCCUCCAGGCCCUACCCAGCCCCGACUUCGGGCCCAGCACUCUGGCCACUCCUUGGGGCACCACCAACUCCACAGCAGCGGUCACCUCCUCAGCGCCCUCGGAAACCCCGGCCACCUUCCCACUGGGCUCCACGGUGAGGAGUUCCCCGACCACACAGGCCACUUCAGAGAGCCCAGGCUCCCUCCCAACGACAGCCACGCGAUCCACAGCUCGGUCCACUGUGAGCACCACAGUAACCCCAGGGACGUUGCUAUGGCCCACACUGACCACAGCCACAUUGGCUGGGACCACGAGAAGGCCAGAGUCUCUGCUGUCCACUGCUCACUCACGCUGACCACAGCCACUAGUCCAACUGCAUCUACACCUACAGGGACUCCCACUCAGUCUCCCUACAGUACCACAACUUUACCACACACAGUCUCUUCAGGGAGCUCAACUCCUCCCCUCUCUACUGCUCCUUCCACAUCCUCAGUCACAACACCCAGACACAGCACCACCAAACCCAUUGCUAGCCUGACUACCACCACUGUCACUACUUCUGGCACAAGUGUCCCACACACAGGUACUAUUCAUACCUCCUCCACCAUCCCAUCCACAGGCACCUCCUACAGACCAAGUACUGUCCAUUCCACCAUCAGCACUGCUAGCAUCACAUCUACAGCUACCACAAAAUCCACCACACAUACACCACACAGUACCACCAGUCACCCAUCAACACCUACAUCUACCACUCUGCCUCAGACAACAAUGACCUCUUCAGUUGUCUCUUCUGGUGUUCAUACACUGUCUACUACAGCCAAUAAACCCACAGCCACUAGUCCCACUGCAUCUACACCAGUGAGGUUCCCCUCCACUGCAGCUUUUUCCCACACCACCACCACUUUUCCUGGGACGAAACCCUUUUCCUCCCCUACAAGCCCCUUCACUUCUCUCUUGCCUUCCACUCAUGCAACCACCUCCCCUGUGACCUCUUCUAAUGGAACCAUUUCUUUCCCCCCUAUGGAAAGCACUCCGUCAGGCCUCCCUGUUUCUCCUUCCAUCUCCUCGUCCCCAUCUUCUCCUGUCUCCACAGGCCCAGCCAGUAGCCUCUCCCCCUCUUCUACCACCCACUCCAGCCUCCUCUCCCCUCCCCUCUCCACCUCUGAAACUCCAGCCAGGACUACUCUUUUUCCUCCCAUUCCCUCAGCCAGCCCUCCCCCCCACUCCAGCACUGUGUUCGAGACCUUCUCCACAGUGCUUCCCAACGUUUCAAUGUCUACUGGGCUGCAUACAGAGUAUCCCCCCAGCACAAGUUCCGCCCACCCCCCGGCCUCCUUUUCCUCUCCUGUGUCUCCUUCUGGCCCAGGUUCUUCCCCCACUCGUGUUCCUGAAUCUCCCACCAUCCUCUCCACCAGAGUCACCAGUGCCACUCCCGGGCCCGUGUCCUCCUCCUUCCCACACUCCACCCUCCCUGCCUCCCCUUCCACUCAGGCUUUCCCAUCCCGAGCUACGGCUUCCUCAGCUCCCGCCAGUCCAGUCACAGCCUCUCAGUUUCCCAGCAUGGUGCCCUCGGCUUCCCCUCCCUCGGUCACUAGUGGGGUUCCUCCUCUGGCUUCCACAACCCCGGAGGCCACGUCUACCCUGAAGACGUCAUUCAGCACCCCAGCUCUGCCCACUGCUUCCACCCGGUUUACCACCUCUCGGUCAACCACGCGCACCACCGGGCUGUCCACAUCCCACCUGCCAUCCUCCACCCUCGGGCUGACGCGCCCCUCAGUGCCCACCACAAGCCUGACAUCGAGCCCUCCGGGGCCGGCGACGACGCAGAGCACCGGCCUCCUGACCAGCCCGGCCUCCUCCCCAGCCCCCUCGGCCCCAAGUUCCACUGCAGGCGCCUGCACUGUGAAAGAAUACCCUGCAGAGAUCACGUACCAAGGGUGCACGGUCAACACCACGCUGACCCGCUGCGAGGGCUUCUGCCCCUCCUGGUCCAGGGUCAGCCCGGACACCCUGCAGACGGAGACGUGGUGUGGCUGCUGCCAGCCGCUCACCACCUACACCAGGGCUCUCCAGCUGCCCUGCUCGGACCCCGCGCGGCCAGGAAGCAGCCUCGUGGUCCACGUCCAGAUGUUCAGCAGCUGCGUGUGCGAGCACCAGCACUGCCAGCCCUGAGCCGGGCCGGAGCCACCCCUUCACGCGCCCCCGACACUCAGGGCCCGGCCCGGCUGGCCCACCAAAGAUGGGGUCCUCCGGACGGUAGGUCGAGCGCCAUCGGAGAUGCGGUGGCUCCCUCGCUCGGCCGGCCCAGGACGGACUGAAGGGAAGGGUGGGCGGCCUCAUCAUUCCCUGCAAAUCAUUCCCAUGAUCUCUCACCCCUCAGAAUGCUGCUGUGCCCCGGCAGGCCAAGGACCCUGGAGCCGAGCGAGGGCCGGGGGCCUCAGGCACUGGAAGAGGGGGCGGGAGGCUCUAGCCUGGGGUGGGCGGGACAGCCCCCACACACGGAAGGCCCCAGGGUACCCCUCACAGGGCACAGCCAAAGGGCACUGCCAUCAUCCCCAGGAGGGUGGCAUCCCCGAGCUCUGCAUUCUGAGAGGCAGAUGUAAAUUUUUUAAAUAAAAAAACCUUGACUAGACUAAUAAACUGAAUUGAAACCUA